AGCAUCGCAACCACCUCCAGAACAAACUACGCGUCACGCCGAUGUUGGGCGUAAUCCCCUCGUAAUACCACGCGAAGAAACCGCCGAAAGUCUGUCGAGACAUUCACGACGGUCGCCACCUCAGGUACGACGUCAAAUUCCUCCUGAUCCAGUGCAGACUGAUCUUCGUCAACAUAUUGAGAGAAACCGAGCUCGUCAAGAAACUUCCGAACUUGAAAUGCUACGACGAAGAAUUGCCGAGUUGGAAAGUCGGCAAAGGAUGCCGGAAGACCCUCCUCGAUGGACCUCAACUUCGGCACAAGCAUAUCUAGAAGCCGACUCCCCCCUUACACCGGAGCUCACUUCGGAACCUGUGCCUGGGAAAGUCAAAGUCCCCCAGAUCGGGCUAUACGAUGGAACUUCAGACCCUGACUCGCACCUCGGUCAUUAUACUUCGUGGAUGGAUCUGCACGGGGCCUCAGACGCACUUCGGUGUCGUAUGUUUUCUCUCACGCUGGGGCCUCGGGCCCAUAAAUGGUACCAUUCUCUUCCUCCUCAUUCAAUUUGGAAGUGGCAAAAAUUGAGGUCGGCUUUCCGAUCUCAUUUCAUCGCGGCUCAAGUCUGUUUAAUUCCAAAAGAAUCUCUUACAAACGUAACUCAAAAAGAUGAUGAAAGUGUCAAGGACUACAUUGCUCGAUUUAACGACCGAGUCCAAAACAUGGAACCUUGUCAUCCUGAAACCCUACUUGUCAUGGCUAUUGCCGGAUUGAAACCGAAUUCGAUUUUCCGCUGGACAUUGUGUCAAAAUAAGCCAAACACUUCUCAAGAAUUUCUUGCUCGAGCUCAGCAACACAUCAUAGCUGAAGAAGCCAUGUCAGUCCCCGAUUAUAACUUUAACCCGAAGUCUUCUAAGGCGGCGACCGAUGAGAAAAAGAAGAAUAAAUUUUUCGAAAAGCAAAGCAAGGCUCAGUUCAGGGGACCUCCCCGAGGAGACCCCAAUGACCCUGAAGUUCGAGCAGCCAGAAAGCAGUAUGCUACCGAUGUGAAGUCCGGCUAUCAAACCGUAUACUCCGCAGGGGCAGCUACCAUAUACGAAGAGAUCAAAGGGAAAGGCAUUUUACCGGAUCCCAAACCACUUCGGAUUCCUAAAGAAAAAUUGGAUAAGUCCCGGUAUUGUGACUAUCAUAAAUCGCCGGGGCACAAUACUGAUGAAUGUUUAAGAUUGUUGGCUGCCCUGUUACGUUUAAUCGGUCAUCCGCAGCUCAAAAAGUUCUACCGCAACACCGACCCCCAGAGACGAGGUCCAGGGCACCAGAUUGAAUCAUAUGAUGAAGAUGACGAGGAGGACCGAUGCGCCAUGCCAAAACGCAUCCGACAAGGAGACAAAGAAGUAUUUAUGUUCACCUCAGAAACGCCCGAUUCAGACUUUGCUGGAACUGCCCGAGGACGUAAACGAGAUCGAUCUCCUGGACCGAUGCAAAUCACAGUCCACCGUGUCAACACCAAUAACUCCCGGAGUAUAUUGUCCCGUCGACAAAUCAAAGCCUCUGCCCGACAAGCGUACAACUCCGGCAAACAGGUGUACACUACAGAUUUGAGAGACAUCCUCAACAAUCGGAACUGUCCCAUAACUUUUAAUAUGGAGGAUGCUAAUCACUUCGCACACCCUCAUUCCGAUGCACUU